ACAUUGAAGCAGAGAUACUUCAGUUAAGAACGUGAGUUCUUGUUGUAAUGACUUGUGUGGAGUUUACAGUGAACGGGCAGAAAUGUACCGUCAACAAUAUUUUACAUCGCGACACAUCAUUGUCCGCCUACAUCAGGUAUUCCCUGGGCCUUCCCGGCACUAAGGCGAUGUGUCGUCAAGGCGUUUGCGGGGCGUGUAUUGUGAACGUGAGCGCUCGGAGACACAUAUCUGGCGAAAUCGAAACAUUUUCUGUUAAUUCUUGUUUAGUCUUGGUGUUUUCCUGCCAUGGAUGGGAUAUCACAACUGUGGAAUCGAUUGGUAGUCGGGGCCUGGGUUACAGCGAGUUCCAGAAGCGUAUCGCCGCAUUUCAUGGCACCCAAUGCGGGUUUUGCACCCCCGGAUGGGUUAUGCAGAUGCAAAGUCUCUUACCAAAGAACCUAAAGAUGAUUGAACUAGAGAACUCAUUUGGCAGCAACACUUGCCGUUGUACGGGAUACAGGUCGAUAUUUGACACGAUCAAGUCAUUCGCUGUAGACGCCAGUCCCGAGCUCUGCCAACAAGUUGAUGAUAUUGAAGAAUUAGCCACAUGUAUCAAAGAUAGAACGAGGAUUUGUAACAGGAAGUGUUCCGAAACAAACAGCGAAAGCGAUUGGACCGUUAUAAACGCAGAUCCGGAGGCGGUGAUAACAGUUCAUUUUGGUGAUAAGAUUUUCUUUAAGGUUUUUCGCGAGGAUCAAAUAUUUCAACUUUUUAACAGCUACGGUGUUGAUAAUUAUUUGUUUAUCGAUGGAAACACUGGCAAAGCUGUUAUAAACGAAAUUGAAUAUCCUGCAGUACUAAUAGACAUAAGCGCUGUGUCGUCGCUGAAACAAUAUCACUUCGAUCAGAACCUCGUCCUAGGAGCAAAUAUAUCUUUAGAAGAAUGUUUAGAAAUCUUCAAAAAUACUGCAGCCACUAUGGAUGAUUUUAAAUAUUUAGAAGAAUUUGCCAAACAUCUUGAUCUGGUCGCUCAAAUGCCAGUCAGAAAUAUUGGUUCGUUGGCCGGUAACUUAAUGUUGAAGCACAUUAAGCCUUCUUAUCGAUCCGACGUGUUUUUACUGUUCGAAGCAGUGGGGGCUACAGUUACUAUACGCGGUGCAGGCAAUCUGUUAGUCAGUUUGAGUUUACCGGAAUUUCUUAAAUACAAUAUGAAAGGGAAAUUAAUAUUGAACUUUGAAUUACCUCCACAAGGCCCUAAGCAUAUAAUAAGAAGUUACAAGAUAAUGCCAAGAAGUCAAAACGCGUUAGCCAUAGUGAACGCUGCGUUUAACAUCAAAAUGAAUCCAAGCACUAGCGUUAUCGAAAAAGCGACAAUUGUCUAUGGUAAUAUAUCGGCUAAAUUCAUUCACGCGACGCAAACUGAAAAAUAUUUGAAGGGGAAAAACGUAUUCAGCAAUAGCAUUUUACAAGGAGCUAUAAGUCGGUUGAAUACAGAAUUGGUUCCCGUUGAAGAUCCCGCGGAACCAACUCCGGCGAUUAGAAAAAAAUUGGCGAUAGGGCUUUUCUACAAGUUUAUCCUAAGUAUAGCCCCGAUCAGCAUUUUAAAGCCGAUUUAUAAAUCUGGCGGUACUCUUUUAACUCGUCCUCUUUCAAGCGGAAAGCAAGAUUUUCAAACCGACUCCUCUCUUUAUCCUCUCAAUCAACCAGUGCAAAAACUCGAAGCAAUUAUACAGAGUUCCGGGGAGGCUCGGUAUGUGAAUGACAUACCUCCUUUACCAAAAGAAGUUUUCGGUGCGUUUGUUUUGUCGACAGUACACAAUGGUGACGUGGACGUAGUUGAUGCGGAAAGUGCACUGGCUAUACCAGACGUAAUAGCGGUGUACACGGCCAAAGAUAUACCAGGCGUAAACUCAUUCACCUUUCCGGGUUUCCAACUGCAAAAAGAAGAUGAAGAAGUGUUAGCAGAUACGAAUAUUAAAUACUACGGGCAGCCAGUUGCAAUAGUAGUUGCAACAUCCGAAGAAUUAGCAACAAGCGUUGCCAGAAAAGUUAAAGUAACGUAUAAAAAUGUUACCAAUGUCACUCCAGUAUUGACAAUAAAUAAAGCUAAGCUAGACAAGACAAGAGUUAUCUCUGGAGACACAAUCGAACCAAAAGGUCGAGGAACUAACGUGAGGAAAGUAAUUAAAGGUGUCUUCGAGGUGGGCGCUCAGUACCAUUACUACUUGGAACCUUUGUCGUGUGUAACGAUCCCGGUAGAUAAUGGGUUCGAAGUGCACGACGUCACGCAGUGGAUGGAUUUGACUCAAGGAGCUGUUUCGCGAUUUUUGAAUAUAUCGGAAAGCGAUGUUCACGUAAAGGUCCGUCGAUUGGGCGGAGGUUUCGGCGGGAAAAUAAGUCGUAACGUGCAAGUAGCUUGCGCAAGCGCACUCGUCGCUAAGACCCUGGACCGGCCGUGCAGGUUUAUACUGCCUCUGGAUACUAACCUAACCAUUGCAGGCAGGAGGUUACCGUGUCAGUGUGAAUACGAGGUCGGUGUAGAUAACAAUGGUAAGAUCCAAUACUUAAACGCUUCGUUAACGGAAGACGAUGGUUUUUCCCACAACGAGAAUGUCUUGUCUUACGUUGUAAGCAGUUUCGCAAAUUGUUACAACGCAGAUUACUUUACCGUCAAAAGUUUUGCUGUUACUACAGACUUGCCGUCUAACACUUUCGCCAGAGCACCAGGUACGUUAGAAGGCAUUGCUAGCAUCGAAAAUAUCAUGGAACACAUAGCAGUUGCCGUGAACAAGGAUCCCACCGAGGUCCGGCUGGCCAACAUGGUACAAGAAGAAAACGAUCUGCCGACCCUCAUUAAUACGCUAAAAACGUCUGCCGAAUACGAGAGACGUUUACGGGAAAUUAAAAUAUUCAACAAAAACAACAGAUGGAAGAAGAAGUCUAUACAAAUUAGUGUAAUGCUCUUUCCGGUGAUAUAUUACGGCAACUACACCGCCAUGGUCUCCAUUUAUCGAGGAGACGGAUCGGUGACGGUCACUACGGGCGGUAUCGAAAUGGGCCAGGGAGUCAACACGAAAGCCGCCCAAGUCUGCGCCUAUGAAUUGGGCAUACCAUUAGAAAAAGUAACGGUCAUACCAAACUAUUCAUUUGUCGCGGCGAAUAAUAUAUUUUCAGGAUCGAGUAUCGUAAGCGAAUCCGUUUGUUUCUCUAUAAUUAAGGCUUGUAAUACACUGAAAGAGAGAUUGAAGCCGUUAAAAGAUCAGAUGAAUAAUCCCACGUGGGAGGAACUGAUAAAGAAAGCUGGAGACGAUCUAGUAGAUUUAACGGCUACUUACAUGAUGACUGAUAAGGAGCCGGAACUGCAAGGUUACAACGUGUUCGCGGUUACGAUACUAGAAGUGGAGUUGGAUGUAUUAACAGGAAAGUUCCAGAUAUCAAGAGCUGAUAUUUUGGAGGAUGUCGGUUUGAGCGCCAAUCCUAAGAUAGAUGUUGGACAGGUGGAAGGUGCAUUUGUACAGGGCUUGAGUUAUUUCACGAGCGAGAAGCUCAUAUUUGACAAGACGACCGGCCAAUUGCUCACAAACAACGCACUGAGCUACGAGGUCUAUCUCGCUAAGGACAUUCCCGUCGAUUUCAGAGUGAACUUAAGAUAUAAUUCUAAUAAUCCAAAAGGAGUUCUUGGUUCCAAAGCUGUCGGGGAGAUGGGUAUCUGUUCGUCUCAUGGUAUUAUCUACGCUCUAAGGCAAUGCAUUAGGGAGUCUCGGAAAGAUUCUGGCUAUGAUGCUAAUCAAUGGUUCGAAAUGGAUUUGCCUUUGACUACGGAAUCCAUAUUAAAGGCUUUGAACGUUAAAAACAGUGAGCUUAUCUUGUAUUAAGGGCCGAUCGUACCUCGAAUAUGAAAAUUUGUAGAAUUUUAGGUGAUUUCUAAC